UGCUCACUUAAGUUAUUCGCUAUCCUUUGCUCCUUUUGGUGCCUUUCUUGCAGGCUUCUCUCUCUCUCUUGUCUUGGUCCAUGGGGUAGGAUUCCGGGUUGGGGCUCUUCUUGUGCUCUGGCAUUAGCUCGAUCUCCAUGAAUGUUAUUUAGCUUCCUCACUUGUUUUCUGUACAUAUAAAGCAUGAGUCUGGUUGUGUACUUUGUGGCCUCAUGGACAAAACUAGCAUAGAGCAGACAAGUGAAUUUGGUGAUCAGUCCACUAGUGAUGUUACUGUUUGUUUGAGAAGCAGAGAUGGGAUGCCAGAAUUGUUCUACUGCCACUCCUCCAUUUUGAAGCAAAAGAGUGGGUUCUUUGCAGAACAGCUUAUCAGUGACAACACUUCACCUAAAAACUACAUUGAAGUGAAAUGUCAGGGAUCGGAGUAUGACCAUUACGCUAAGCUCUUGAAGCUCCUUUAUCUCUCGGAAGAUUUGAUCUUAGACUCAUGGGAUGCUGUAAAAACAGCUCUUGGUGUACUUCGAGCUUCAAUUGCUCUUCAAUGUGAAGGAAUUACAAAUAGCUGCAUACAAUACUUGGAGGCUGUCCCAUGGGAAGAAAAGGAGGAAGAGGAAAUUCUAAAAAUUACUCCAGCCCUGGGAACAGCAGCCACUGCUUUAUUAGCCCGAAUCCGACCUGUAAAUGAGAAUGCAGCCAAGAAUGUUUUCCUUUCUGCUAUUCAUUUUGCGACCACGGCAGAAAGUUCAUUUCCUCUCUAUGCUGAUGAACUAAAAACUUCGGCUCAGGAACAGGUGGAAUACAUGCUGGUGGAAGAUGAAGAUACUCCGUUGGUGAUUUUGGAUGAGGACGUAAGGUCUGAAGUAAGGACAGGCCUUGCACGGGUAUUCACCAGAUUCGAAGGAGAGUUAAACACACUAAACAUUUUUUUUGAUCUGUCCCCACAGGAAGCAGAAGAGAGAAUGCUACAAUGCCUAUCAGACAUUGACUGGAUGUGUAAUAUUUUACCAAAGAUGGAAAUGAUGAAGGAUUUUAUUUCAAACUGGAUCGGCAUCUCUGCACAUAUGCUAGCAAUAAUUCAGGCUGAUGCAUAUUGUUCUGGUUUGUGGGCUGUCAAAGCAAAGCUGAUAGAAUUAGCAGGGAAGGCUUUCGACGCUGUCGGUUAUGGCAGUGUUGUGCUUCCGGCCCCCUCGAGGCUUCAUUUCCUUAAGACAUGGCUACCUUAUAUGAGGAAAAUGAAGCCGAUCUUGGAUUCACAGAGUGAAGGUGAUGAUUCCUUUCCUCACAAGAUGGACACUGAUCAAUGCCAAAAUAUUGAGGGGGCUAUCAUAUCAUUAGUUUUAGCUUUGCCGUCGAAUGAUCAAGCGGAAAUACUCGGUGAUUGGAUGAAGAUGGCUGAGAAGGUGAAGUUCCCUGAUCUCAGUGAGGCGUUCGAGGUUUGGUGUUACAGAACGAAGACAGCGAAGAGGAGGCUGAUGGUAGGCCUCAAUGGUGUCGGUAAUCCUACCGUCACCCUCUAAAUAAGGUAUCAAUCUAGAUUUCAUCUUUCACCUUGUUUUACUGGAUUAAUACUUAAUCAAGAUUGAUUUUGAUAUGUAUCUUUGUCAGAAUCAAAUUAUUUUAGUUUAUUUGAGCCAUUAAGCCUUUUCUUCUCAA